CUCUCUCUAGCAUAUAUAACAAUUUUACACCAUUUUGGACACCGUAUAUUUUUGCCUUCAAAAGUUAGGUUUAUUUAUUUAUCCAAAGAAUUCAAGAUGUUCUUCAUUCGACUUCUCCUUGCUUCAGCUGUCACCUUUUGCUUCACAAGUUUUGUUUUAGCCACUGUAUUGGUAGAUGAUGAAAUACAAGCUUUACGUGAUAUAGCGAAGACUUUGGGGAAGACGGACUGGAAUUUCAAUGAAGAUCCAUGCAGUGCACAAUCUGUAUGGGUCAAAAAUUUAGAUAAUGCUGUUAACUGCAAUUGCAGUAUCCCCAAUACCACCGGCUGCCAUGUUGUCAGCAUAGUUCUGAAAGCACAAAAUCUCCCGGGCACUCUGCCACCAGAACUGGUGAACUUGCCGUAUCUUGAAGAAAUUGACCUGACCCGUAACUACCUUAACGGCACAAUCCCUCCAAAAUGGGGCUCCUUCACAAGGCUUGUCAACAUUUCUCUUCUUGGAAACCGGUUGACCGGUUCCAUCCCCAAAGAGCUUGGAAAUAUCUCCACUCUCAAAAGUUUGACCCUUGAGUUCAAUAUGCUUUCUGGAAGUCUUCCUAAAGAGCUUGGGAACCUAAUCAAUAUAGAAAGGCUACACUUUACUUCAAACUAUUUUACUGGGGAGAUACCUGAAACGUUUGCAGGGCUAACGACAAUGAAAGACUUUCGGAUUGGUGAAAAUAAUUUCUCUGGAAAGAUACCCGAUUUUAUUCAGAAUUGGACAAAUCUCGACAAACUGGUGAUUCAAGCAAGUGGUUUGAAUGGGCCGAUUCCUCUCCACAUUGCUUUUUUGGAAAACUUAAGUGACUUGAGAAUUAGUGACUUAAGAGGACCUGAAGCAAAAUUUCCACCACUUCAAAAUAUGACAAAGAUGAAAACUCUGAUACUAAGGAGUUGCAAUAUUACUGGGCAACUACCUGAAUACCUUGGGAAGAUGAAUAAGCUGACAACCUUAGACCUCAGUUUUAACAAACUAACUGGAGGAAUUCCAAGCAGCUAUGUUGGUCUUGAUAUAAAUUUCAUGUAUCUAACUGGGAACUUGCUAAGUGGACCAGUGCCUCAUUGGAUGCUAAACAGAGGCAGCAUCGAUCUUUCGUAUAACAACUUUGCCAAUGGAAGCUUAAUUUGUGAACACCAAAGCUUGAACUUGUUUACAACCUCUUCAAAGGGGAGUGACACUGGAAAUAUUUCGUGUCUGAGAAGCUCUUCUUGUCCAAAAAUCUGCAGAAUAAUGCUAAUGCACUGGGAUUGAACUGGUCCUUCAACUCUUUCUUUAAGGCUUCCUAUGAGUCAAUCUUUCCUCUACUAGCAUCUGCAUCAUUCUCCACACGGGUUCUCCACCACAACUUGGCAUCUCCUAAAAGAUACAUGCUAGUAAUGGUUAACAUCUCUUGAUCUGGCACCCUUGCAGCCUUGAAGUACUACUUCAUGUCCCAAAGGAAAUUCUCGAAAUCCUUGGCACUCCUAACACCAUUAAAGGGCUUUAGUUCAGGCACCUUCACUUUAACAAGGCAAUUUCUAUCUCAAGUUGGCUUUGGGCCUUUCUUGCUGCACUGCCCUAGGCAUCUAGUGCAGUAGCCAAGUCUUCAACACUAAUUAACAUUGGGCUAAUCACUUGGCUUCAUGUUUUCUAAACACACUCAUGGCUCCUCAUGCCUGACUAAUGAUGCUCUUAAGGGCUCUUUGAGGGAGACCUGCCAAGUCUCCCUACUCGAGUUGGAUUGAUGAGCAGUGAUGAGGGGUAGCAUGUGGAGGCACCUUACUCCACAUGAUGCCCUAAGGCCAUGGCAGAGGAGAGCCAUGGUGGGCAGAGAUGAUUAUGAUGAUGGGCAGCAGUAGGUGGUGUUUACCCUAUAUGGUAAUGCAUGGCAUUGGUGGCUUGGUUGUUGGUUCCUUAUGUGUGUGGGCUUGGUGGCUUUAGAGUGUAAGGCGGGGCUAGGCUGCUGUGAUGAUUAAAUGAUGUGUGCAAGGCAUUGGGCUGGUUGGGGCUGGCUAAAUGCAUGGACAAGUGCUAGUGGGUUGAUGGCAUUUAUUUGUGUGCUGCAUGUGGGCAUGCUGUGUGGGCUGUAGUGUUGAUGGGAGGUCUUGAGCAUGGGCCAAGCCUCUCCAAAACGUGUGGGAACAUGUUGAGUGGGCUAUUAGAGGAUGUGCAUAGGCCUCAUAGUCUGCUGAGACAUGGGUUGUGCAUGUGCAGCAUGUGCAGUGGCAGUUAUCAAGCAGUUACCAAGGAGUCCCUAGAUUUCCUGAUGUUCAGACUUGCUGUGUAGGGGCUAGAAACGUGGAGAACAUGCCAAGACAGCAUCAGUUGAAGGUGUCCUAAGUCAGAACACAUGUGGCAGAUUGUCCAAGACCCAGAUUGUUACUAGGUAGUAACUGCUAUAGAAGUUAAUUCUGUGUAUUUAACCCUAAGGCUGUUGGGUGUGUCAACAACAGAGUGUAUUUGGCCUUGAGAACGUUUUGUGUAAUUCUCUAGGGUUUG